UUCAGUUUCAAAACAAUAAAUGGUUCUAUAAGUUCAUUCAGUUUCAGAACAAUAAAUUAGGAAAACGUGCUUAGUUGUUAGCAACCAAGAAUGAAACGUUUGCGUUCGAAAGGGAAAUCCAGUGCACAAACUGAAAUUGUGGAAACAACAAAUUUCAAGGUGGGAGAUAGUCAUCAUCAUUGCUUGGCAUCGAAAGAUGAAAUACGAAGUCUGAGGAAAAAUCUUAUCGAUUGGUAUGAUGGUAACAAACGAAACCUUCAGUGGCGAGAUUUAGCUAAGCAUAGCGAUCCAAAUAUAAGAGGCUAUUCAGUCUUAGUCUCAGAAAUCAUGCUGCAGCAAACACAAGUAGCCACAGUCAAAUCUUACUACUCCAAAUGGAUAGAAAAGUGGCCAGAUUUUACAUCUCUAUCUCAAGCAACUUUGGAGGAAGUGAACACUCUUUGGUCAGGAUUAGGUUACUACUCUAGAGGAAGACGUCUAUAUGAAGCAGCACGUAAAGUUGUUUUCGAAAUGGAUGGUACGAUGCCUCAAAAAGCGGAACAGUUGCAGAAGCGGUUACCAGGAGUUGGACCGUAUACGGCUGCGGCCAUUGGGUCAAUUGCUUUCAAUGAACCAGUGGGCCUUGUUGACGGGAAUGUGAUUAGAGUAAUUACUAGGUUGUGUGCAAUCGGUGCAGACACGAGUAAAAAGAGUGUGGUGGACGUUAUAUGGAAAUUAGUAAAUGAGUUGGUUGAUCCGGAAAGACCAGGAGAUUUUAAUCAAGCGAUAAUGGAAUUGGGUGCGACAGUGUGCACUCCAAAAUCUCCUGAUUGCCAAUCCUGCCCAAUCAGUUCAUUAUGUCGAGCCAAUAGGAAGGCAAGGCAUCCCAGCGCCGGUUUCUCUGCAGAUAUCGAAGACGUUCCCGAUUGUUCAUUGUGCCUGCCAAUUGACCAGCCUUGGAUUGAAACAGAUGGAGUAACAAAUUAUCCCCGAAAAGCCAAAAAGACUGCUGCCAAAAUAGCCCGUAAUAUCGUCUUGAUUGUUGAGCGUCCAACAAACGAAUCGGAGAGUAAUGAGUAUUUACUAUGGCAACGGCCAGUCAACGGUUUACUCGCCAACUUGUGGGAGUUUCCAAGUUUUCCCUCCCAGCCGAACGAUGACUCGGACGCGGAGAGCAGCGAACUGACGAAUGCUCUAGACCAAUCGAAAGGAUUGCUGGGCAGCCGGGCCAUCGAACGCUUGCACUACGUGGCAGAUGUUUAUCACCAAUUUUCCCACAUAAGCCAGACCUAUGGUGUAUACCAUAUUGCGGUCAGCGCGUGUGAAGGAGCCGAUGACGCCGACUUGUCCUUACCCGACCACUACCAGGGCUUCAGGUGGCUGAGCGCCCGUCAGAUUGCUGAAGCCGCCAUCUCUACCGCUAUGAAAAAAGUCUUCCGCUCCUUCACCCAGAACGCGGACGGUAGUAGCAGCUCGUCGACUUCGUUGAAGCGGAAAACGAAAUCAAAGGAGACCGGAACCGUCUCCAAGAAGCAAAUGACGAUGCAGUCGUUUUUCAGAAGCGAUCACACUCAAUAGAAACCAUUUCAAAACCUGAAAAUGAAAGGAUGACAAGCACCGAAGGCGUAAAAUGUGUAUUAACUAAAGAGGAGAUGGAUAGUGGAUGAGGAGCACAGCAUACAAGUUGAAUUCAUUGCUUGUGAUGAUCUCCACACGAAAGAUUCCAACACACAGCAACAGAUAUCACAAUAGCAAGUGGUGGUAGUAACCAAAAGAAUCGCGAUUCACACAUACAAAGCAUGUCUUGUUUUUUUUUAUUCAAUUCUUUUUUUAGUCUUGUAUUGUUUUAUUAUUAUUAUUAUUUUCAAAGCGCGUACAUACGCACCGAGCACAUUGUGUGCUUUUUCGUUCUUAAUUGCCCGAGAUCACGCAGAUACACAAGGAUUUGUUCUUUUC